GGCGGCGUUCCAGUAGCGUCCGAGCCGCUGUCUAUCGAGGAACAGACACUGCUCCACCAUGAGGCUCGGAAAGGUUAUUCCCGACUUCCAGGCGCAGACGACGCAGGGGCCCAUCAACUUCUACGACUUCCAAGGCGACUCGUGGGUGGUGCUGUUCUCGCACCCGGCCGACUUCACGCCCGUGUGCACCACGGAGCUGGGCCGCAUCGCCGUCCACUUCCCCGAGUUCCAGAAGCGCAACACCAAGCUGCUGGCUCACUCGUGCGACAAGCUGCAGUCGCACACGGACUGGGUCAACGACAUCAAGUCCUACUGCCUCGACAUUCCCGGCGACUUCCCCUACCCCAUUAUCGGUGACGAGACCCGCGAGCUAGCUGUCCUCCUCGACAUGAUCGACGAGGACCAGAAAGACGACCCGGACACGGCCAAGACGGUGCGCGCCCUCUACAUCAUCGGCCCGGACCACAAGCUCAAGCUCGCCAUGCUGUACCCCAUGUCCACCGGCAGGAACGUCGACGAGAUCCUGCGCUGUAUCGACUCGCUGCAGCUGUCGGCCCGCCUGCCGUACGUGGCCACGCCCGCCAACUGGACUCCCGGUGACAAGGUCAUGAUCGUGCCCAGCGUCAAAGACGAGGACCUCGCCAAGCUGUUCCCCAAGGGCGUGGACAAGGUGGCCAUGCCUUCCGGCGAGAACUACGUGAGGACGACCACCGACUACUAAUCACGUGUCUGAGCGGCUUCCGCAAGAGGCGUGUUUGAACAGAAAUUACAGCCAGUUUGCACUGACCGACUGGUCGGUGUAUAUCAAUGGGACCACGGCCGUGGCUUUGGUUUCGUAGGUAAACAAAAAGAGUGAAGUAGACCCGGUGAUGCCAGUCGCUACGCUAAGAAAAUGAGUAAUCUCCGUGAAACUCUCAGCAGAACGCAAAGCUAUAUGCAUAUCCCUUAUUGCUUAUGCUUUUCUAUUAAUUAAGACUGACAUUAUAUACUGGUAUUAUGACAUGACACGAAAAAUAUCAGUUAAAACAAAAUAGUUUUUUUACUUUGUGCAGUUUGUUAAAAUAAACACAAGCAAAAAAAUUGA